GUGAUGCCAAACCCUCCUCGGUUGCAUUGCACGGCAUGUCUGUGUGACUAGGCGGUAUAAUCUAAAACCAAACCCGGCUAUAAUGGAGCGCUCGAUUUGUUGACGGAGAUGCGACGGUGCAUGAAGAAAAGACAGUUGGUCUCCGCAGCUUGGUGAACUAUGAUCGGCAUUAAACGACAAGAGGAACACGGAGAAGGAAAUCUGAGUGAACAUAAUCCGUCUGGACAGCGAGGGGGGAGAUGAGGCUCAUGAUGGCUUCAAUGAGAGCAGCAUUAUUCGUUUUUCUGCACUGCUUGCUCCAGUAUGCUGUGUGUCGUGAUGUAGGCCUUCCCUCUGGACCCCUGUACCGUGUAGCAGGGUUCUCCCUCUCCCUGCCCUGUUCUGUGUCAGGAUAUGAAGGCCCACGCACACAGGACUUUGAGUGGUACCUGUACAGGGAUGAUGCUGGUGGCCGGCAGAUGGGAGUGGUGUCCACAAGGGAUAAAGGUUUCCCCUACGCCCCGUUCCAGACCCGGGUGAAGAACGGGGAGGUGAGUGUGGACAGAGACUCUGGGGACAAUGUCCGGCUUGUGAUCCAGAGGCUCCGGGCUGAGGACCAGGGGAAGUACGAAUGCUACACUCCCAGCACGGACAACACCUACCAGGGCAACUACAGCGCUACGGUGACUGUCAAAGUGAUCCCCGACACACUCCAAAUCAGCUACACCCGCACACUCACUAGCCAGCCCGUGCCAGAGGGGGCCCAAGUAGUGCUGACAUGCUCGGCCGGCAUCCGGUCGGAGCAGCUCACUCACCUGUCCAUCAUGUUUGGGAAGCGCGGUGGUGGAGAUGGAUCAGGAGGCGAGGCCGGAGGGGAGGUCAGCACAGUCAGAGAGAUUAUCUCCAUCGACAACAUGCUGGGGGUCGUCCCCGGACGUUCUUACAAGAAGCGGUACGAUAAUGGAGACAUCACGCUGGAGAAGAGGAACGGGGAGGGUGGACUGGGCACGUACGUGAUGAAGAUGACAGGGGUGCAGCCAGAUGACUCGGGCGCAUAUUUCUGUGAGGCGUCGCAGUGGAUUCGGGACCCUGAUCGAUCAUGGCAGAAGAUUGCACAGAGGACGCUGGAUAUCGGGAACUUGACCGUUCAACAACUAGCGGAGUCUAUGAAAGUGACAUCCUCGCCCAAAGGAGAGGUGACACUGCAAAUCGGUUCCCCUCUCAUCCUGACCUGUGAGGUGUUGGGGCUGCCGUCUGACGUAAACUCAGGCCUGCUGGUUUACUGGAUGAAGAGGGGCUCUGUAAGCAACGAGGAAGUUGGGGCCGGGGGAGUCGAGGUGGAGGUGGCCCGCAUGAGCACAGGCGGUGUAGUGAGUUGGGGGGACGACCAAAGCCGAUCCAGUGGCGGCUCGAUGGAGAAAGUGUCAGACGGGAGGUACUCUCUGAAGCUGUUCUCAGCCCGCCCCUCUGACUCUGGGGUGUAUCGGUGUGUGGUGAGUGUGUACGCUGGAAAGAGAGACCCUGGUCCCUCUACUCCUGCCACACUCACCCUGAGGUCUGAAGGAGUCACCGUCAACCUGAAGACCAAAGAUGUGUUAGUUUCUGCUGUGGCUCAGCUCCCUCGAGGCCCGCUGUUAAAAAGAGGCAGCACCAUCACCCUGAUCUGCAACGCCACCGUGAAGACCACAGGUCCUGCCCAGGCACAGGUGCAGUGGCUGCGAUGGCCAAUCCCUGAACCACUUAUCAAGAGGCAACGGAGCCCAGCAGUUUCUCCCCCAGACCCCCCAGUUGAAGAAACACCCAGACUGGUAGCUGCUCUCAUGUAUGACGGUGUUGUAAAGAUCUACACCAACAGUAGCGAGGUUAGCGUCGACCGCUUGUCAGCUGUCAGCUACAGACUGCGGGUCCACACAGCCACCACGGAGGAUCAGGGCAUGUACGCGUGUCAUGCUGAGGCAUGGGGUCAGGACCCACAUGGAGGCUGGUACAACACGGGGGUCAGAGCAGAGUCAAAUGCAGUGACGGUUUACCUGUACGCCCGAGCUGCUGACCUCCUCCUCAUCCCUUUGGUUAUUGGAGUGUCCUCCGCCUUGUUCGUGGGCAUCCUCAUCAUCGCAACUGUAACCUGUUGCUUCAUGAAGCGCCUGGCGAGACGGCGUGGUCAAAAAUAAGGGCAAACGUUAGGUUGGAUCAGUCAGAGGGACAAACUCUCAAGUGCGGUUAGGGUUGAGGUCAAAGGUUAAGGUUAGGGUUACGCAUACAAUAAAGAAACAUGUACAAAUCUUGUAAUUGUCUCUCUGGCUUUUCCAAUCUAGCAUGAGCCCAAAAAUAAGUGUUCACUAUUACUGCCUGAAAUGUCCACAGAGGCAGAAAGAGGAGAUGCACUAAACACAAUGACUGAAAAGGUCAAGAAAUGACUUCAAAACAAAAUGAAGUGAAAAAUAAUGUCACCUUGUUAGCUGGUUUUCUGUGUUCUGACCUACUUGUUUAACAGUCAAUGCCAAAAGAUUCUGUUUUAUAUUCUCCUAUAUUUUUAUAUCCAAAUCUUCUCUGAAAACAACAUAUUUUAGUGCCCUAAAUUUCUGAAGCCAACACAUAGUGACUCCUCUCCACUUAAGUGGGCAGGGACAUCGCUCCAGUUUCUGGGAGUCCCCUCCCACACCAACCCUCUUUUUAAUCAUUCCUUUCUUAUAGCUUAUCACUCUGUUUCAACUAGAAAUUGGUCAAAUUAGAGGAGCUAGACAUACAAUUUCAUCUUGAAUAGAUGCGUUUUACGACAAGGUCAAAAGUAAAACAGGUACUGUAAAGUUUACAGAGAUACUGCUACAGUAAAAUGGUACUAAACACCAUUCAGCCUCAGUUUGUAUAUUGCUGGUACUGCAGAUCAUCCUAACAAAGAAAAAUUUUUUUUUUCACUAACUGUUGAUACUGUUCCAGAUGUUCCUUCUCCAAAUGGCAUGUUUUGUUUUUUGGUCACAAUUAAAUGUACAUGCAUGGUUAAGCCUCUAGCACUGCCACUGAUGGUCACAUGAAUGCUGAUGUGAAACUUAAUACGAGCAGGGAUCUUCCACUGCCUGCUGUCCAGCACUCCUCUGCAUAUAAACAAAGCAUCUGUCUGUUGCUUAAUAAGGAAGGCGCUGGCUGAGGACAUUCUGAUGCCAAGACCAAUUGACGACUACCGAUUCUAAACACAAGCAUUCCUUGCCUGUGAUGCUUCACGCUGUCAUGAGUUUUCUAUACAGACUUAUGUAGAUGGACAAAGAGAAAUGGAGGAAAUAUCCAUUAUGCACUGAGCUAAAAUAUGUUAAUACUCUAUGGAGUGAAGCUGUUUUAUUUUUCUUAAUGCAAGUAAGACUUUGUUCUAAUGAUGUGUUUGUCUUUAGCGAGGCACCUGUGUUUAACAUUCUGCAGCCGUCUGCUCUGUUCUUUUUAAAGCAGUUAGACAAAAUGGGACUGGGACCAAAGCCCCUCAGUAUCCUUCUUUUACUUGAUUUUCUUCCAGCUGAAAAAGUGACUUUGCUGUACUUGAGGGACAUUUGAGUUUUGUGUUUUAUUUAAUGUUUCCUUUGCUCUUGUCAAGUGACUGAGAUAGAAAAUCAGUACUGUGAAAAAGAUUUCCCUGUUUGUUACACUGAAUAACAGAAAAAAAGUUGUUCCACGCUUUGUCCCUGAGAUGAAGAUUUCCUAAGCUGUGCAGUCAUAUGACUAAAUUGUUUAGUGAGGUCUCACUGUCGUCGUCAUCGUAGUUGUCAUGUGGUUAAAAGCCACGCAUUCAUUCUGCCAAGACGGCUGCUAGCCCAAGGAAAUCUGUCGGACAGAUUUGCUGUGGCUGUGCACUUAAAUGGGUGAAAUCCAUCCUCCUCUUCCUGUUACUUUGGAAAAGUUAAGAUACAUGUUCGUGGAAAGGAGGAGGAAAGUAAAAAUGUGUUCCUAUCCAGCUAGUUGCAGGUCAUCUUUCCAGCUUUUCUUAAAUUGUUUGCACUGAACCAUACUUCAGCCUCAGUCCCUGCUGUCAGUCUUUCUCCUGGUUGAUUUUCAACACGAGAGUCCUCCUAAAUCUGUCUGUCCUCUAUAAACCCUGAUUAUAAAUGUCGUUCAUGAACAUUAGGGAAUAAAAUCACAGCUCUGCUUGCUUCCUGAGCCACUUUGUUCCAGAUCAACUCCUCAAAGCUGAUUUGUUCCCCCAAGUACCCACCCACCACACGAUAACACACACAAAUCACACAGAUGCACGCACAGCGCUGCCUGGCAUUUCAGAUGGAAGUAAGUGAGUAUCUGUGUGUUCAUCUCUAAUCCCAGUUUAUGGCUGCACUGUGUUCUGCUGCUGCCCUUCCCCCUCCUCCCUCAGUGGCCUACAGAGUCGGCAUGGUUCGCUUUCUAUUCAUUUCAAUCUCUCUUCCCUGAGAAUUAACAGCCAGCUGUAAAAAUUGUAGCACGUAACCUGUAAAGUUUGAAAACUGCUGUUUAAGUUGUGCUCUCGUAUUAAACCCCUUUAUGAAGGUGUUAUGUUUUUGUUUGGAUUGUUUACUCAUGCUUUAAUACCACUGUUCCUGAAUGCAUCUUGCUGCCAUUGAAAUAUACAAAGGCGGGUUAUUACUCAGUUUGUUUCUUAUGGUGCUUUUGGCAAACCUG